AUGACGGUAAAAAAUCCAAGUACACCAGCUUUAAAAAUAGAUAGGACUCCAGUAUCCACCCCAGGUGGCCCCAGAGCUAAGGAAGAGAAGAUUGUGGUAACAGUACGGUUAAGGCCUUUGAACAAAAGGGAGCAAUCAGCCAAAGACCAUGUUGCAUGGGAUUGCAUUGAUGAUCACACAAUUGUGUAUAAACCACAGCCUCCCGAGCGUGCAGCUCAAUCAGCUUCCUUCACCUUUGACAAAGUGUUUGGUCCAGCUAAUUUAACUGAAACAGUAUACGAGGAAGGAGUAAAGAAUGUGGCGCUAUCUGCUCUAAUGGGCAUAAAUGCAACAAUAUUUGCAUAUGGCCAAACUAGCAGUGGAAAAACUUACACAAUGAGAGGAAUCACGGAGAAAGCUGUCAAUGAUAUUUAUAAGCAUAUCAUGAAUACUCCAGAAAGGGAUUUUAGAAUAAGAAUAUCUGGACUGGAAAUCUAUAAUGAGAAUGUUCGAGACCUAUUGAAUUCAGAGUCUGGUCGCAAUCUCAAACUUUUAGAUGAUCCUGAGAAAGGAACUGUAGUUGAGAAGUUGGCAGAGGAAACAGCAAAUGACGAUCAACAUCUACGACAUUUGAUCAGUAUUUGUGAGGCUCAAAGGCAAGUGGGUGAAACUGCUUUGAAUGAUACUAGUUCACGGUCUCACCAAAUAAUAAGGCUGACAGUAGAAAGCACUCUUCGUGAAAAUUCAGAUUGCGUGAGGUCUUUUGUUGCUAGCCUGGUAAAAGGCUUGCCUUUCUAUACUUUCCCAAAUGGUUUGAGGAGCUAUAGAUUUAUGCCCAUAACUGUUGAUGUUAAUAAACAUCCUCUGCAGAACUUUGUAGAUCUUGCUGGAAGUGAAAGAGCCUCACAGACAAAUGCAGAUGGUGCUAGGCUUAGGGAAGGGUGUCAUAUCAAUCUUAGUUUGAUGACUCUUACAACUGUUAUCAGGAAACUCAGUGUUGGAAAAAGAAGUGGUCAUAUACCCUACCGAGACUCAAAGCUCACACGCAUAUUGCAACACUCACUUGGUGGAAAUGCACGUACUGCCAUCAUAUGUACCUUGAGUCCAGCAUCAGCCCAUGUUGAACAAUCCCGCAAUACUCUGUUCUUUGCAACUCGAGCAAAGGAAGUGACAAAUAAUGCUCAAGUGAACAUGGUUGUUUCAGACAAGCAGUUGGUUAAGCAUUUGCAGAAGGAAGUAGCCAGACUGGAAGCAGAGCUACGCACCCCAGAUCCAUCAAAUGAAAAGGACUUCAAAAUUCGGCAGAUGGAGAGGGAAAUGGAGGAACUGAGACGUCAAAGAGAUCUUGCGCAAUCCCAGGUGGAUGAGUUACGUCAAAAACUUCAGUAUGAACAACAGGGCUUGAAGCCAUUUGAGUCACCUAAUCCAGUUGUGAAGAAAUGUCUGUCUUUUUCUGGCACCUUAUCACCAAAACGGGAUGGCAAGGAAUCAAACCGUGGUGAUAGAACAAGAAAUACGAUGGGAAGGCAGACCAUGAGACAAUCGUCAACCGCUCCUUUCACACUCAUGCAUGAAAUUAGGAAGCUUGAACACCUCCAGGAGCAGCUGGGAGAAGAAGCAAAUCGAGCACUGGAAGUACUACAGAAAGAGGUCGCUUGUCAUAGACAAGGUAACCAAGAUGCUGCAGAGACUAUUGCAAAGCUGCAAGCAGAAAUAAGGGAAAUGUGUGCAGUCCGAACAGCCACGAAAGAAGUUGAAGUUGACAGUGUUGUUGCUGUUAACAAGAGUGUUAGUGCUAACCUUAAGGAUGAAAUAACCAGACUUCACUCACAGGGAAGCAACAUUGCAAAUCUGGAAGAACAACUUGAAAACGUUCAGAAGUCCAUAGACAAAUUGGUGAUGUCUCUUCCAAGCAAUACUCAGCAAUCUAAUGGUGAAGCAGUUCUGAUGGCCAAUCAGUCAAAAAAGAAGAAGCUACUUCCAUUAGCUUCAAGCAAUGGUGCGAACCUGCAAAACUUCAUAAAAUCUCCUUGCUCACCUCUGUCAUCUUCUCGGCAAGUAUUGGAGUCCGAGACUGAAAACAGAGAUCCAGAAUAUGAUGAUGCUGUAUCAAUAGAAAGUCUGCCAGUAUCUGAUAAAGAGACUCCUAAAAAAAGUGAAGAAGGGGGAGAUGUCACAUCAAAGGAAGGUACUCCUUAUCGACGUUCAAGUUCUGUCAACAUGAGGAAAAUGCAGAAGAUGUUUCAGAAUGCAGCAGAAGAAAACGUAAGAAGCAUACGAACGUAUGUAACAGAGCUUAAAGAACGUGUCGCGAAGCUGCAAUACCAGAAGCAGCUACUUGUUUGCCAGGUGCUUGAACUGGAAGCAAAUGAAGCAGCUGGAUACAAUUUAGAAAAUGAUGACAACAUUCCUGAGAUACAAGAGGAGUCCCCCGUUUCAUGGCAUCUAAUUUUUAGGGAGCAAAGGCAGCAGAUCAUUGAGUUGUGGGAUGUAUGCUUUGUCUCCAUCAUACAUAGGACACAGUUCUAUCUGUUAUUUAAGGGAGAUCCGGCUGACCAAAUAUAUAUGGAAGUGGAACUUAGGCGCUUGACUUGGCUGCAGCAGCACUUAGCAGAACUUGGCAAUGCUAGCCCAGCUCAUGUCGGAGAUGAGCCUACUAUCUCUUUGUCAUCAAGUAUUAGAGCUUUGAAGCGCGAAAGGGAGUUCCUUGCAAAGAGGUUAACUUCUCGUUUGACUGUCGAGGAGAGGGAUGCAUUGUACAUAAAAUGGGAUGUUCCGCUAGAGGGAAAGCAAAGGAAGAUGCAGUUCAUAAACAAGCUCUGGACGAAUCCCCAUUGUGCCAAGCAUGUACAGGAGAGUGCUGAGAUAGUGGCAAAGCUAGUAGGGUUCUGUGAAGGUGGAAAUUUGUCAAAGGAGAUGUUUGAGCUUAAUUUUGUGCUUCCUUCUGACAAGAGGCCCUGGAUUAUGGGAUGGAACCCAAUUUCAAACCUACUUCAUUUGUGAGCAACUACAAUUCUUUUUGUAAGUAAAUCCCAAUAUGAUGUUAUUUACAUGUAAAUUAAAUUUCAAACGUUCUUUGACUGCCCCAAUUUUGGAGUCUCCCUCCAACUUCUUUUGGUUAUUUCAUUGUGGUGCCGACUGGUUGAGCACACUUUCAUUUUCUUAAUAAAAGAAACUAAUUUAUAUGGUUCGUCUGAACUAUCAAUUUGAUGUUUGAUGUGUGUGUUUACUUGAAUCGGAUAUCUGUAUAUUCAACAGGAAGG